CAGUCGCAGCGUGGUUGACGCUAUUUCCGGGAGAAGUGCGCGCUGCCGGGAGAACAUCGUCCCAGACCAACAUGCCCAAGUUUUAUUGCGAUUACUGUGAUACUUACCUCACCCAUGACUCUCCAUCUGUGAGAAAAACCCAUUGUAGCGGCAGGAAGCACAAAGAAAAUGUGAAAGACUACUAUCAAAAAUGGAUGGAAGAACAGGCACAGAGCCUGAUUGAUAAAACAACGGCUGCAUUUCAACAAGGGAAAAUCCCACCCACUCCAUUUUCUGCUCCACCUCCAGGAGGAGCUAUGAUACCACCACCACCCAAUAUCCCUGGUCCUCCACGGCCUGGUAUGAUGCCAGCACCCCAUAUGGGUGGACCUCCAAUGAUGCCAAUGAUGGGUCCCCCUCCCCCAGGAAUGAUGCCAGUUGGACCUGCUCCAGGAAUGAGACCGCCUAUGGGAGGACACAUGCCAAUGAUGCCAGGGCCUCCAAUGAUGAGACCUCCAUCCAGACCCAUGAUGGUGCCAACCAGACCAGGAAUGGCUCGUCCAGACAGAUAAAGUGGAGGGGGAAACACCUUGCCUCCUUCUUUAUUUUAUGUAUGCUCUUCUGU